UGGUAUGAGGGGUAUAUUGAGACUCCAACUGGCCUGUUUCUGGGCAGUAUUGAUUUGGAGUGAUGUUAGUUUCCAACAUCCCCAGACCACAGACCGGUACCAAUACACAGCGUCAGUCUUUGCUCAGCUCCAUCCCACCGAGAUGAGGGCAGUUAGAACCUUCAUGCUGUCCCAGAAACACCUCAACCUUUCAACUGCAAAAAGUCAGACACUCAAGAAAAAUUAUAUCUUCCUCAUUCAACUGCAGAUGCCCAAGAAGCACCACGUUCUCAGUUUCCUGAGGGGAACUGGCUGUGUCCCCAGGCGGAAUGCCAAGGUGGUCAUCUUUUUUGGUGCCGAGCCAGCGCCCAAUGUGACUGAGUUCAUCGUUGGCCCAUUACCAAGACCCACCUAUUACCACGCUGUGCCGCUGAGGGGGAACCGGCCAAUAAAGUAUGCUUCACGCCCAACAACAAUACUGGAGUAUACCCUCAUUCAUGAGAAACUGGUGGAGGUAACCAAACCUGCGACCCUCCUCCUGAAGGAAUCCAGUGGAUUCUGGUGGACUAACUGCAGUGACCACUGCCUGACCUUCACUGAUGUUGCCCCCAGGGGUCAGAGGUCAGGAGAGAGGAAGACGUGGUUCAUUCUGCAGCGAGCCGUGGAAGGCUUUUUCCUUCACCCAAUCGGCUUUGAGAUUCUGUUGAACCAUGAGUCUCUGAAUCCCCAGGAUUGGCUGGUGGAGAAGGUUUGGUUUCAUGGGCAGUACUUUGACAGUGUGGACCAGCUGGUGUGGAGUUAUAACCUGGGUAAUGUGAACAUUUCCCCACUGCCGGAAUAUCACAGCGAGGGCCUUUAUUCCAGCUACACACCCAGAGGGCACUUCCAGAGCCGCACUGAGAUUCCUGGCCCCAGGCUGUACCAGCCACAAGGACAGAGGUACACAGUGCGAGGGAACGCAGUCCUCUAUUCUGGCUGGAGUUUUGCUUUCAGGAGCCAGGCCACCACUGGGCUCCAGCUUUUCAAUGUUCAGUUUAAUGACGAACCGAUCGCAUAUGAGAUCAGUGUCCAGGAAGCCAUUGCAUUUUACUCGGGCCACAGUCCAGCUGGGAUGCAGACCAAGUACAUUGACACUGCCUGGGGUAUGGGAACCAUGGACUAUGAACUGGCAAAAGGAAUUGACUGCCCAGAGAUUGCCACCUACAGAGAUGUUCACCACUUUGUGGACACAGAUCAGCCAAUCCGCCACAAGAAUGCAUUGUGUAUAUUUGAAUAUCCCACCAGCGUACCAUUGAGGAGACAUUUUGACAGUAAUUUCAAAGGAAGCUUCAAUUUUUACGGGGCUCUCGAGGGCCACAUUCUGGUGAUCAGAACCACCUCCACUGUCUAUAAUUAUGACUAUCUCUGGGACUUCAUCUUCUACCAGAACGGGGUGAUCGAGGUCAAAGUUCACGCCACCGGUUAUAUCCACUCCACCUUCUUCACACCUGACGGAGUAAACUAUGGUACUAAAGUCCAUGGCUACGUCUUGGGUAAUCUCCACACACACCUCAUCCACUAUAAGGUGGAUCUGGAUGUGGCAGGUAGGUUUUACACAUGGUGAUCAACAAGGGACAACUCAGUGAUACAGGACAGACCGAGGGAAGACAGUGAGA